AUGGAAGAAGGAACAGAGAUCAUUGGAACUUAUUUCAUAAUAUUUGCAGGGUGUGGUGCGGUUGUUGUGAAUGAGAUAUAUGGAUCUAUUACAUUUCCUGGAAUUUCACUAGUUUGGGGUCUCAUUGUCAUGGCCAUGGUUUACUCAGUUGGUCAUAUUUCUGGUGCCCAUUUCAAUCCAGUAGUCACCAUUACUCUCACCCUUUUCCAACAUUUUCCACUCGAACAAGUGCCUAUAUAUAUAGCGGCGCAGAUGUUAGGAUCAAUUCUAGCUGGCGGAACCCUGUGUCUCCUUUUCGAUAUAAGUCAAGAGGCCUACUUUCGAUUAACAAUACCAGUUGGACCCCAUCGUCGAUCUCUAAUCCUUGAGAUUAUCAUUUCAUAUCUCUUUUUAUUCGUCAUAUCUGGUGUAGCUACAGAUAAUCGAGCUAUUGGAGAGCUGGCUGGAAUUACCGUUGGAAUGACAAUACUUUUAAACGUCUUCGUUGCUGGACCGGUUUAUGGGACAUCCAUGAACCCUGCGAGGAGCAUAGGACCGGCUGUAGUGAUGCGUGUAUAUGAGGGACUCUGGAUUUAUGUGAUCGGGUCAAUCGUGGGCACCAUAAUGGGAGGUUUUGGUUACAAUUUAAUUAGAUUUACUGACAAACCUCUUAGUGAACUACCCAAGUCAACUUCCUUUAUCAAGACCCUUUCCAGAACCAGAAGCAAUGCUCGCUAG